AUGCUAAUCGUGGUGGACACGGACAAGAGUACUGCGCGACAUGAGUCUGCCUACGGGAGACUAGCCCUCGCCACUGCCUCGCCGCGCAACACCCCUGACUUGGAUGACCUCCCCACUGGUUGUAGUGUUCCUGCGUCGGCUCUGAAAGAUCUUCUGCCUGCGCGUCAGACGGAACUUACAGCUCCCUCCUCCCCACCGAGUUUCGUAGCGCUUGGCGUCGACGUACAGAACUAUGCCUGCUCGUCCACUGGCACGUACACCAACACCGGGGAAGUUGCCGAGCUCUACGACAUCUCUUGUGUCGCGGACAAGUCCAAGCAGACCGACGAGGAGUACAAGAAGUGGGCCACCUCGUUGCAGACAGUUCAGUACUUGAUCAAGGACACCGGGAAGCAGCCUUCCGUGCUCGGGCAACUUCCCUUCAUCCCCAACCCGUCCCCUGGCCGCGCGAAUAUUCCCAAGUUUGACUUCACGUCGAACCGGAUCGCGGGCAACUCGAAGGCAUAUGCUGUCUCGACGAGGGUUGGAGACAUUGCUGCGCCUAGCGGCUUGGGGAACGUCGAUUGGCAACAGUACAAGCGUUCCUGCACACCUGGCAAGUCGGCGGAUGUGGAUGUGAAGUACACCACCCAGUAUUACUUGUUCAAGUAG